UACCAUAUGGGCCUUCGGUGACACACCACCCCGGACUAAGGCUUCAUGCUUACCAUCUUGUGUAAGCACACACGGCACGUCCAAAGUUAGCCCUCGCGAUCAAGCCUCCCCAAGAGGAUGUUAGCUGCGCCAGUAUCCGUACAGCUUACUUACUGGUUGAUUCAUGUCGCCCUGGAGCAAGCAGGGAACCUAGUCAGUGCGAGCAACAUUGCAGCGCAGCAUCCGCCGCCGUCCGUCGGUCUGUGUUGCCCCUGCGCGUGUCUUCCCUGCAGCCGUUCUCCCGUGGUCUGUGUCCUAUCGCCCAUCGUUCGCCUCAUCUGUAUCUGCUGCAAGGCACGGUGUACAUUCAUCUGCUCGCCGGUAAUCUCGAGUCGGCGUCGAGACAAGAAGCUAAGAUCGUCCGGUGACUUUCGCUGCUACCAUAGUCUCUGCAAUCCCCUUCUCUUCCCUUCGUCACAUAUCGCGGACUUGAGACGUCUCCCAGUCGUCCUCCUCGGAUAAGAUGAAAAUGAGAUUAUGAGAUCACGGCUCGCUUGGGAAGGGG